GGCUAAGCCCGUUUUGACCCGAAACUCAUUGUAACCAUAAAUAUAGAAAGGGGUCUAACUCUAACUCACAUAAAAAAAAACUACCCACUCGCUUCAAAUGCCUAAAAAAUCAGAAAAUAUGUGUGAUAUGCGUAAUUGGUUGGUCUCCAUGCAUAAAGUAAUGUUUUAACUACUUGCAUGCCAAAUUUCAAGUCACGGGGUCUUAAAAUAGCAGAGAUAUACGUCAACCUUUCCGAGAUUUCGGCCGUUUAUUUUUACUAGGACAUUUACCGGUCCAGGUCAACUGGUGGGUUUUUCCCUAUGACAACAGUGAAAUCCAGAGAAGUGAGACACAUUUCGCAUCUAUUGUACGGAAUUUCACAUAAAUCUAUGCUACUUACUUACUCAUAUUUCGAUAAAGUUCUCCAUGUAUGCUAUAUCUGGGUCUUUUAUUCUGCAACAACAUCGACUGCUAACAAAACCAGCCAUUUUGAUAGUUCAUGUUAAAAGAAAUGUCAUUGGUUGAUAUUCUUGGUAAUAUUUGACCAUGACCUUUUCUUUUUGGCGGAAUAAAUCGAAAGUACCUCUGUCUUUUAUAUACACAUACGACGUAAAAUCUAUUCACAAAAUGAUCACUGAGGGACAGCAAAGUGCAAUUGAUUUGGCUUUAUCCAGUCACAAUUUGUAUAUAGGGGGCCAGGCUGGGACAGGCAAGACAUUUUUGCUACUUGAAAUUUACAACUUAUUGAAGAAACAAAACAAAAUGGUGUACAUCACAUGUACCACAGGGAUUGCCUGUACGAAUUUUAAUGGAUUCGGAGCCAAUGCCCAGACUAUUCACAGUUGGAGUGGGAUUGACGAUGGAAGAUAUGAACUCACCAAGAUACAGAGUGUGUUAGAAAACUACAAAAAGGAAACACACAGCAGAAUUUGUGAGACAGAUGUUCUCAUCGUUGAUGAGGUAUCCAUGUUGUCUCAGAAACAGUUUGAACUUGUGGAGAAAGCUUGUGCAGUAAAAAACCAUAACUUGCUGUUUGGGGGCAUACAAGUUAUUCUAAGUGGUGAUUUCUACCAACUUCCACCUAUUCGGAACCUUUUAUACCAUGAUGAUGGAAAAUUUUGUUUUCAAAGUGCAAUUUUUCAGCAAGCUAUACCCCAUAGAAUUGUUUUGGAUGAAGUAAUUAGACAAAAUGAUCCACAAUUUAUCAAAGUGGUUAAUGAAAUUUCUGUAGGGAAAGUGAGUUCAGACACAGAAAAAUUUGUCAAAGGAUUAAGUGGAGACUUUUGUUCCCAAACAAGUGAUUCCCUCAAACUUUAUGCUACAAAUGAUCUUGUUGAACAGCAUAAUAGAGAUUCUAUUAUAAGAUGGCCUGGAGAAAUGUUUGAAUAUACUAGUAAUGACUUUGGAAAACUUGAUUCUCUACAUAGGAUAUUAGCACCUCCAGUACUGUGGCUGAAGAAAGAAUGUCCUGUAAUCCUGUUGCAAAACAUUUCAGGAAAACUCUUUAAUGGACUUAGGGGCAGUGUGGUUUCAUGUGACAAUGAUGGGCCUACAGUUCAUUUCCAAUCCGUGAACAUUACCAGAAAACUAAAAAAAGAAUCAUUUUCAGUGUAUAGUCCAGAUUUGAAGAGAAAUGUUGUAGAGAGGGUUCAGAUACCUUUGAAAUUAGCAUUUGCCUUAACAGUCCACAAAGCUCAAGGAAUGACUUUGAACUGUGUAGAAGUGGACCGUCGUAAAAUGUUUGCACCUGGGAAGUUAGGGGUUGCCAUAAGCAGAGUUCGAUCGGCUACUGAUUUGAGGGUUAUCAACUUUAAUGCCAAUGUCUGCAUUCCACAUCCAAAUAUUAUUCCAGACUUUCUUCAAUCUCCCUCAUGCACUCCAAUCGAUGACUUCACUUGUUGUCGUUUUCACAGGCAAAUUGUUUCUGACUUUGAAGGAGAAACAUCAAUACCUCUAGACAUUUUAGCAGUGGCAAUGCAGUCUGAGUUUGAAGAUAUGGAGGUGUGUGAUGAUACUGUUCUGAAUACUUUAACAGUUCCUACCAGUGAUACUCCGUGUAGCUCUGAUACCUUCAGUUUACCUGCUGAUUUCAGCACAACAGAAAUGUUAAGAAAUCUCUAUGUAAAAAAUGUGGUGACAGACAUGCAAAAAGAAACAAAUGAUGUUUUAGAUAUCCUGUGCAGUUCAGGGAGUGUUCUUAAGAAUGUGCAUAAAUUUUGUGCUGAUGAAUUUUCCAUUAUGAAUGAUAUGAUUGAAAGUAUUCGGGCUGAAAAAAUACCACAAGCCAUUAAGCCAGAUAGACUCGCUGAAUUUUAUCGUACAUGUCAUGAACAUCAAACCUCUACACAAUACAAGGCCCGCGUUUUGAUUUGA